UGUUGACUGACAUGAUUGGAGAUUCAGGAAAGUCACGUACACACGAGGUGCACUUCCUUCACAAGGCAGCACCGACAAAAGGUCAGAGGCCACAGGACGUCUCAGUCUGACCUUUGACGGUAGAGAAAGAGGAGAGUUCAACACUCGGAAGAGCGAAGGAAGUUUUCAAAUGACAUCUUGACAGCUCAUCCAAUACAGUCGAUGCAGAAAGAGCUGGCCACGUGGUCUGUGGAGGACUGACGACACUGCGUGAGUAACAAGAUGGUGACAGCAGGGGACAAGAUCAUCUGUCGGCCAUCUAGACAGUCGCUGAAUGUUCCUGAUCAGCAAAAACACAGAGAAGGAAGGAGAAAUGUGACUCGUGAUGUGGACUGUGGCUGGGCCUGGGUUGUACUCGCUAGUGUCUUCUGUCUGCUGGCCUUGAUGCUGGGCUUUCAGAGGUCCCGGGGUCUGGUGUUUGUGGAGAUCGAGGACAAGUACAAGGUGUCUGCGUCCUUCACAUCCCUCAUAGGUAGCGCUCACUCCAUCGCCUUCGGCAUCUCAGUGAUUUUCGUCAUGACAUUCGUGCUGGAAAUGAUGUCAGUACGACAAACCGUGCUGAUCGGAGUGGCGCUGCUGACGUCAGGUGUUGGGGUCAGCUUUGUUGUGACCUCGUAUCCAGCGCUAAUCUUCACUCUCGGCGUAAUGAUAGGUGCUGGGGUCUCCUUCGCAUCCGGCCCUUGCUUCGUGUUGUUGGGCCAAUACUUUGACCGGCGCCUGACCCUGGCCACAGCAGUCGUCAACUCCGGGGUCAGUGUCGGUGCUUUGGUGAUGCCUUACCUGCUGCGCCUGCUGCUGGACCAGUAUUCUCUACCUGGCGGUCUGCUGGUCAUGAGCGCUGUUCUGGCCAACAUGUUUGUCUGCGCAUGUCUCUUGCGACCCUUCCCAGCAUCCCAUCGGGACUCUCAUAGUACUUGUCACCUCAGUGGGGGCAAAGAUGACGUGGCGUCUGAUCCUCUGCCGGAAAAUACACCAGAACAUCGUUUUCACACUGAGAGAGAACUUUCAUCAACACCAGGAACACAGUGUCUGGGAGAGUUGAGUCCCCUGAUUGUAUCGCAUGAAUCACGCGCUGUCGAUGCAACUGGUCCUAUAGGCAGUAGUAGGUUUCCUGUAUUUUCUAAUAGUGUUUUUUCCCCUUCUAUGCCUAGUACUCAGCAUGGAGAAGCGAAACCUAUCUCUGAAAAUAUUUCUAAACAGGAAAAUCUUCCUGAUAUUCACACUUCUAACUUUUACAAAGCAGAAACAAAAUCUGAUUCUGAUCAGGAGCACGCUCUCCCUGACCAGUUAACUGCGGCCAUCAUCGCCUGCGACACACUGUCUCCUUUGAAGGUUUCUUCGGAUGUCAAAGUUCACCGAGGAGACAAUGCUAAUGCACCACGGCACGACAAUGAAAGCAGUUUGAGGUUUUCUGAUGGAAACAACAGAAGGACCGGAGUGUGGCUGUCAGCAGCCAGAAGGAGACUUGCACAAACAUUUGACAUCUCUGUCUUCAGGAGCUUGGCCUUCUGGGUGCUGGUGCUUCAUCAGUGGUUCGGAGUUACAGCUGGACUUCUUCAACCUGUCUACUUACCUCCGCUUGCCAUGGAGAAGGGAUUUAGCGAAGGGGAGGCAACCUUCAUGGUGAUGGUGACCGGAGGCUGCGACAUCUUCAGCAGGAUUUUACCAGGAGUUAUCGCCAAUUUCAAACUGCUGCAGCCACACGAGAUGGUGAUAGCAAGUCAGGUGAUCCUGGGAAUCUUGUUACAGUUCACUUUCUUUUUCAACACCAUACUGUCAAUGAUGGCUUUCUCUGCUGCCAUGGGGGCCCUGGGCGGAGUCAUCUUCUCCAUGACUCAGAUCAUGAUCAUCAACUUCAUGGGACUCCAUCGUUUCCCUGUUGCUUAUGGAUAUAUCCAGCUUUUUAAUGCCACAUCAUCAGCUGCCAACUUUCCACUUGCUGGUUACCUGAGGGACACAUUUGGAACCUCCACAACGAUCUUUAACUACCUGGGCGCCGCUCACAUCGUGUCAUCAACCAUCUUGUUGUCGUUUAUAGUGCUGAGUCGUUGUCAACAGCGAUGUAGGAAUGGAACUUACGGAAGCUUGUGAGAACUGUAACUGCAGUUUUUCAGCACGGAUACCCGUUUAUGCGUGAAUGUACCUGCGUGGGUACAUAGUCAUGUUACUGUUUGUCUGUGUUUAUAUGUCUUAUGUUGGUAUCAUCAUUUCUUACUUGUACUAGAAACAGAAACGUGCACGUGACCUAUCGAUGGUGUUUUUAUGUCAAUAUUAAAUGUCACAAGAGGAGGCAGGGUAGUCAGGUGCAUCAGAAGGUGGGAGAUCACAAUCACUAGUUGGAGGAUUGGUGGGGUCAGUGGUAAGCUCCUCCUCCCUAUCCGCCCACCCACAACCUGCCCUCUUGUUCUUACUCUGCAAUGCAGACUGCUUCCACCCAUUCUUACAGGUUUGUUUCAUCCCUCAACAGCAUAUUCAAGGAACUGAGAUAAACGUGGCGUAAGCCACGGGCUUGUGCAAGCUUUCCAAGGGAGGUAAGCAUGUACAACGUAAGAGUAGGAAUUCGCUCCUGUUACUCUCCCUUGGUUCUCUCGCGUUCUAGUUUUCAUUACCUCGAUUAAAUUGCAUGAUCCCCAAAAACGAAAACCACUAAAAUGUACUAAAUGCAUACAUGAUAUGUAGAGUAAAUACAGAUAAUAUUAUUGUAAUUAGAUAUUCUGUGAGUACAGAAUUGCAACAAAAUCUGGUCUUUUUUUAUUUUAAUUUUUAGUCAGCUUGAUAACCUAUCAAGCAUUACUGAGUCAUCAUUAAAACUUGAUUGAUUUCCGAUUAUUCCAGUUAAAUUUGGAGCCAGUAUAUAUCUUGGCACAUUAUUUCAACCCUUCUUUAGUACAGGCAGGAUCGUAUUUGUUGUUUUGAACUUUGUUAAAGAUACUACUUGGUUGUAAGACAGAAGAGUAACAUCUUUUGGAAAUAGUGACUAUCUGUAAACAUCUAAUUAUGAAAAAAAUAAUUGUCUAUUCCAGAAAACCACGAUUGUUUGUAUUGAUGAAAUAAGUGUGCUUUAAUCUUUUCUUGAAACCAAUUCAAACUGAGCUGGAGAUUGACCUGGCUGACCCAAACCCAUAUUAAACCUCAAUUAUUUAGAGUAUCUUUAUCUUGAAGAUAUAUUCAGAAUUAAUCAAGUUUGCUUGAUUUAUCUGAAAGAGAUUUAUUUAGUGGUAUAAAAAGAACCCCAUGAUACUGGGGGAGCUCUUUUUUCCACUGAAAUGUAAGUUUGUAGAAUCGCACAUUUAUACCUAGAAAAUGCCAGUUUGCCAUUUCAUUUUUACAAAUAUUGGAUAUAUUCACACUGAAGUUACAUUAAAUAUUUAAAGUUGA